CAAUGCUCGAUCUCUCAUCUUUCACGCCACCCGGUUUUUCGUUAUCGUUAUCGGUCAACGUCUCAGGAUAGAUUUGUUUUGGUGCGGUCGUGCAGUCAAUUUCCGACUUGUUAUUUUCGCUUUCUGAAAGUCAGGCAGAAGUUUACUCAAACCUGUCAAAUUUUGAGGUUUCAGUCUAAAGUUUGUUGCUUUUAUUCAGUUCCUCCUGUCAUCAAUUCACGCGUCUACGAUGGGUGGAUUCGACGAAGUGGAGUCUUACCCUGUUCUACCCUCCAAAAACGUUGAAGGAGUGUGCAAAGUGAGUUUCUCAUCAUUUGAGGCAUGCGAUGUCGGAAUGGUGAUGGAUCUACCUGAAGGCCCUUUGGGUGAAGAAAGGAAAAAGGCUACUUUUGACUGGAAAUUAAUGCGCUUGAACGUCGAAGAACCCUCUUACCUGAGAGUAAAACUUGCAAUAUGGUCAUUUCUUGAGUCUGACCCUCUUUUCCACUCGCAACCGACAGUCAUGAGCUCAGAAGAAGAAAAAAGGAUCACAGCCAAACAACUGAUGAGGAUAAGAGAGUCAAAAUUUUUUAAUGAUGUCAAUGGGGUUUCCUACGAUAAAAAACUGUUGUACCUGAUGGCUCUAAAUGAAGCUGUUAACACCCUGAGUCCCUCUUUAUCCGUUAAAUUUGCUCUCGGUGUCUCUUUAUUCAGCAUUUGUGUACAAAAUCUUGGCACAGAAAGGCAUAGCUCUUUCAUCAAGGAUGUCUGGCAAAAUAAGAUUUUAGCCUGCGUAGCUGUGACAGAAGUAGCUCAUGGAAGCGAUACUAAAAGUCUUCAGACAACAGCUACCUAUGAUCAUAAUACAAAAGAAUUCAUCAUCAACACACCUUGCUUCAAAGCAGCAAAAUGUUGGGUAGGAAAUUUAGGAAAACAGUGCACCCAUGCCUUACUAUUUGCUCAGUUAGUUGUAGGAAAACAGUGUCAUGGACUUCACGUCUUCAUAGUGCCGAUUCGGGACCCGUACACCAUGCACCCAUAUCCUGGUAUCAUUGUUGGGGAUAUGGGAGACAAGGCAGGCUUGAAUGGUAUCGAUAAUGGGUUUAUAAUUUUUCGGAAGUACCGCAUACCCAAAGAUUACUUAUUAAACCGCACUGGUGACAUCACUCCAAGCGGAGAAUAUGAAUCUUUAUUUCAAAAUCCUCAGCAAAUCCUUGGCGCUGCUCUUGAAACCUUAUCAGCUGGAAGAAUUGGAAUCAUGCAAGAAAGUGUGUGCUCUUUGUCAGUUGCAACUGUAAUUGCCAUUCGCUACUCUGGAGUCAGAACGCAAUUCUCAAAUGAUAAUAAAACUGAGACGUCUUUAUUGGAUUACCAAUUGCAGCAAUGGCGAUUAUUUCCUUUCUUGGCAGCAGCCUAUGCUCAGAGAGCUUUUGUCCGAAAGUUUGUUUUGAUAUACGCAGACACUGUAAGAUUUUCAAUGAACGCCAAUGAAGAUACCAUUAAGACUGUUUCCCAAAUGGUUAGUGCUGUACACGCUAUCGUUUGUUGUUGUAAAGCCUUACUAACUUGGACAUGUAGAGAUGCGGUGCAAGAGUGUCGAGAAGCUUGUGGAGGUCAUGGAUAUCACAAAGCUGCUCGACUAGGCGACAUCAGGGCAAAUCAUGAUCCUUGCGUAACCUAUGAGGGUGCCAAUCAUGUUCUUUUACAACAAACCAGCAGAUGGUUACUUAGAGCAGUCGAUGAAGUUCCAGAUCUAGAUUUUGAUGGUGCCAGAUUUCCAGCCUCAGAAUUGGAAUUUCUUAGAAAUUUUGAAAGCAACUUAUCUCUCAAGUUCAGCGCAAACUCCGUCAAUGAAGUUUUAAGGGUAGAUUUUUUGAUAGAAGCUUACCAAUGGUUACUGUGCUGGCUAAUAAAAGAAACAAAGCAACGGUUGGAGUCCUCUUUGGAUGAUGGUGAAAACGCAUUCAUGGCUAAAAAUAAUGUCCAAGUGUUUUAUGCACAGACCCUAUCAUUAGCUUUUGCUGAGAAUACCGUCCUCAACUAUUUUGCUGCAUCUAUACAGGAAGCAGAUCUUUCUUUACGACCAGUCUUAGAAAACCUACACAUCCUUUAUGGCCUAACAUGUAUUCAGAAGCAUCUUCGUGUUUUCUAUGAAGGUGGCUAUGCAUCCGGUCCAUCAUUAUCAAAAUUGACCUCAGAAGCUAUUUUGGAAGUAUGUCAGCUUUUAAGACCAGACGCUGUAGCAUUAGCUGAUGCAUUUGCUCCUCCUGACUUUAUUCUCAACUCUGUACUUGGUUUUGCUGAUGGAGAAGUUUAUAAGCAUCUUGAAGAAGCAUAUACGCAGCAUGGAGGAAUUGCAGAAAGACCUGUAUGGUGGAGUGAGAUUGCUAUGAAAUCCAAACUCUAGCUGUUCAGAACGUAUGUGCUUUUUAAAUUUAAUCUUUUAUACUUGCACCCAUUUAUUUGCCCAUUUGUCCCAUUUAUUUUCUUACUGUCUGAACAAGCUUUCUCUUUUCUCGUAUUUACCUGUUUAAUAUCCAUAAGUGUCUCUCAAUGAUGGAGUUCCUACCAUGUCAGAGUGUUUAAUGCCAAAUCUCCAUCCUCCGGUCAAACGAUUGUAAUGAUUAAGUAGCUUGUAGUUUCAGUAUUACAAACUUGACACAGUCAAUAAGCAACUGUGAUGUAAUUACGCUAAGAAUUUUUAAAUAAUGCAAUGAUUUAAACUCUUAGGGUACUCAAAACUUUUGACUACGAUUGCACGAUUCAAAACGUGGACUCCCAGCCAGUUUUUAAAUUAGAAUUGCACUUAAACUUGAUUAAUGCGCUGCGUGUUCAGCAAAUUGGAAAAAAUGUUUAAUCAAAUUGGAGGUUUAACUUCAGGGAAUGGUAGGCUGGUUAUUUAUCAAUAGCUAAAGUGAAAAAAUGCGUUUUUAGGUUGCAGUGUUGUGAGUCUCAACACAUGUUUUAUUUUCUGAAAUGAAAACCAACCGAAGGUUUCUUUUUCAAAGUAUUUUCUUUAAUAAUUCAAUGACAAUCACACAAAACUGCAAGUAUAAAUUUUGAUUAGUUUUCCUUGGAAAAAAUGAAACACAAUCAGAAAUUUUUAAUUGUUGGAAUGAAUAAAACAUUUUUUCCUUUGGCUAUUGAUAUAUUAAGUUAUUACUGCCUCUUGCAAUGAAUUUUGCAUUAUAGAUAACAACAGUCAUUUCAUUCUAAUCUCCUCCAAUCAUUAAUUUAAUUUAAAUUCCAUUCUAUUCGCGCGUAAAAAACGUAAAAGUGAGUUCAUCCAGGACUCAACUAUUCAGACUAAAACACUGUCAAUUUAGUCCAACUAAAAUCAACAGUAUCAUGGCAUUUUAGCCUUCAGUAUUAUAGUGUUAAGUCAACGUUCACGUUUUAUUGAAUUUUCAAUAAUGCCAAUUCCUAUACAAAAUAAAAAAAUGAAAAUCUUUCACCCAGAGUUUAUUUUUACAUGAAGGCAUCAUCGUAAUUUUUCAAGUUAGGUCAUUUGUAAUUUUGUGCUAAGUAUAUCUUAACCUACUUAAUUGAAUUAACGUUGUUGUCGUUAUUAAAUUUUAUUGUUGUUGAAGAUCGGUAAAUUACAGCACCCUAUCAGUAUAAAGGGAGCAUUACAAUUUUGACAUGGAUAGGUCAUACAAAGGAGGGGGGGGGGUUGUUGAUGGCUCAUGAUUUUUAAUUGAUGUUUAUUUAUACAAUUAAUUAUAAACUUUCAAUAUCGAUAGUUACAAAUCAGUUAAUAAGGAUGAGAGUAACUCAGACUGAGAUAUUUAAUUCUCUGCAAUCAGUAAAGUGUUUAAAUAAAUCAUAUUUAUGAGACAUUUUCAGGAUCCCUUAUUUUUCCCAAAAAAGAAAGAGCAGUUCAAUCUACAGAUUCAGUAUUUAGGAUUAAAAUUAUUUCAACUUAUUUUUUUGGCAUACUAAUUCCCAUUUUUUUAUUGUGUACAAAGCACAAAUUUGUCGUAAAAUCAGCUCCAAAUUUUUCUUACGAGAGCACUAUCAUGAGUAGGCACCAUUAAUACAGUAGCGCUACCUCAUCAAGAGAUGAAUUGCAACUAACGGCUGUACAUAAUUAUAUAGACUGUGAUCCCACCUCACUAAGGCUGUAUAGCGUGCAGAUCCAUGGUGUUCAAAAAUGAAAAUCGUCUCGCACCGUUUAUGCUGAUGGUGUGCUCAUAAUUUAAUCGUUUUCUGAUUUAAUUUUUUUUCUUAUUAUUAUUAUUAUUAGUCAUUGUCUCCUGUCUAUUUGUUUGUGUAUUUAGAAAUCCUUCUUUUAAGGUGAAUAAAAAAUUGAUCAUUGUUCACUUAA